UCCAUGAGGCAUGCAGGCGGGGGCUGUAGCUGCAGGCGGCGAGAGGGACCUGCUGGCUAACGCCGCGGCUCGGGGGGACGUGCAGAGGCUGCGGCUGCUGCUGGAAGCCGGGAUGAACCCCAAUACUGUUAAUUCCUUCGGCAGGACCCCCAUUCAGGUCAUGAUGAUGGGAAACACCCAGGUGGCGGAGCUGCUGCUGCAGAGAGGAGCUGAUCCCAACCGCCCGGAUCCCCGCACUGGCUCCCUCCCAGUGCACGAUGCAGCGCGAGAAGGUUUCCUGGACACCCUUGUGGCGCUGCACCGAGGCGGGGCUCGCUUGGAUCUAGGGGACAAAUCGGGCCGCCUCCCCAUUGACCUCGCUAUAGAGAGCGGGCAUCAGCAAGUGGUCAGCUACCUCCGAGCCCAGCCUGCAGGGAAUGCCGCUCCGCCCCAGGCAUAGGGCCCGGGCGGGUGGCCAGCUCCCUGCGGGGCUAACAGCGCUGCCCGGCUCAGCCACGGGCACCGCAUGAAAUGCUGGCCCCACUGCAGUCAAUGGACAUUUUGCUGUUAACUUCAGUGAAGCCAGGAUUCCACAAUCUUUCUACGGCAACCGGUGACCCAUCCGCCAGGCAGCUGCAACCUUGUUGGUCUCUUGCGGGGCGAGCAGGGACUGCGCUGGCUGGGAGGGAAGGUUCAGGGGCUGUGGUAGAAAACAGCUGGGCUGCUUGGUUCCAGUCUAAGCACAGAGUGUGCAGAGAAAGAUAACCCACUUCUACACGAACAGAUUUAUACUCAGCUUGGAUACGGUCAGAUUCCGUUUAUAGAGAGCUGCUAAAUAGCUGUAGUGGCCGGCAAGGGCCAGAUUUUCGCUUAUUGUGUUACAACCCCUUUUUUUAAAAAACAUUUUAUUGAAAAGCACUUCAGACAAACAUCGCUUCAAAAGUUUUAAGAAGGAAGAAUUCUUGUUCAAACAAAUUCAAACAAAGUUCAUAAAGAAAACAAACUAGGGGUUGGUAAGGUAGCACUGUGUGUAGGAGGCGUCCUGCCUGCCUGCAACCCCCAGCUGGUAGCACUCCAGUGAGUGUGUGUUGUCUAGGAUUUAUCCACCUUAUAACCGAACAGUAUGGGGUACCUUUUCAGAAAGCAGGCAGGACCAUGAGCCUGAUCUAAUUCCCUGUUAACAUCAAUGAAAAGAAUCCCAUAGUCUUGUAGGCAGCCUGAUUGCCGUCAAUAAGGCAACAAUUUCCCAGCACAAAUACAUUUUUAAGAAAUACACAUUGUCACACAAAAAAGCAUCAGUUGCAAGUGUAGCCAUUAGGGCGUGACUCAAAGUGGUGGAAAUAAAUGAGCGUCUCCUCCCGCCACGUCAAUUGGUUUUUAAUUAAGCCCUUCAUUUAUUGUGACAUCUAUGCGAUUCCUCGAAAGAUGUUAAAUAAGCUGUAUUACAGCUAGAAGCCCUUGACUCUAGAAUCUAGAGUAGGACAUGUCGAUGAGCCACCAUCAAUAUUUUCCCCUGAUUAUAUAUUGCAUUAUUAAGAAAUAAAUACAUGCAUAGCACAAUCAUAAUAAAUAGCUUUCUCGGAAGUUUGUAUGCAGUAUGUACUGUUUAAGGAGCCUGUCCUGCAAGCUGCUGAAUGCUUUCAAUGUUUAUUUAAAAGGCCAUUCAGCACCCUAAAAGAGUGGAACUUGCAUUUUACUCUGAUGUUGUUUAUUGGAUGGCAACCUUUCUUUAGCUCUACUCUGUUACAGUCAGAAAACCCUGGCUGGUCCAUUUGCUCAGCACUGGUAACGGGAUUAUGGGCCCUUAAUCCCACACCUACUGACAUUAAUGGGAACCUUUCCCUGGAUACCAAUAUACAUUGAAUCAGUCCCUUCAGGUGAACUGAAGAAUAUUAGCUUCUUAUGGAGCUAACAGCUUACCUCUGGAGAGCGACUAUUUCCCAUUAGCUCGAAGGGAGACAUAUGUACGUGAACAUUAAAGAGGUGUUUGUGUAAUUUUAAGUAAGGGACUGAACCGGGAGAAUUCUGGUGUUUAGAUUAAAAAAACUCAAAUUAUAAAAAUACCCACUAUGACCUAAAGAACCUCUACAUUCCUUAUUAUCCACCAAGAGAAUCUCCCUGGACAGAUGAAGCAGCAGGCGCGUAUGUUGUAUAAUCAUCAUCAUCACUGGGGGGGGGGUGGAAAUGUAUUCAGCAUAUUAAAAUUCUUAGAUAAACUAGUGUUGUUUCUGUGAAUGGUACUAAACCCCUCUCGUAACAUGAUUCAAAAUACGCAAGUUGAUUAAUUGGUUUCUGUACUGAAGUGAUCGAGCAAUGCUGAAUCACAGAGGAAUGCUUUUAUUCAUAACAGUACUAGAAUAGGCAGCUUUGCAUUCUGAUAUUUUAUUUAGAUUUUAAUUAGAUCCCUCACACUAUGAGGAAUGUGAGUAACUUUUCCCGUCUAAUUUUACUUUCGAAGUAUACACCCAAAUUAAUUAUCCCAUUCUAAUUCCCACCAGUAGAGAAAGUGCGAAAACACAGAUUCAGAAACCUUUACAAAUUACGAAUUUUAUACUAGCAAUGUGAACGUGUAUCUCUGGAAAAUAUUCCUGUUAUGAAAUCAGUAGUGCUUUGCCAUUAAUUUCAAUGGAACCAAGAUUGGGACCAUUAUUACGGAGUUUUGUUUUUAAAAUUCACAAAUAAGCAAUGGACACAAGCAACAGGGCCAUCCAAUGCAACAGCAGAAGAGCGUGUGAAUGUUUGUUGUUACUGAUAUCUGCACACCAGCUUCCCCGCAGAAGGAAACUAAUGAAAGAACAGUUUAUAAAUGCGAUGGUGUAUUGCUUCUGCUUCCUAUCCAGUACUGCUUAAGCUGAUUAAGUAGCUGUUAUUGUUUACGUGCAAAAUAUUAAAGUGGGUUAUCAGAUCA